AUGUCUUGUCAUAUUGAUAUGAUUGUUAGGGUUAAUCAAGUUCGCUUGACUGACAGAGAAGAUUUGAAUUUGACUAUUGUUUGGGCGACGGGUGUUUAUCCACUUGAAAGUGAAGACCGGGAAUUGGAUUUGUGUCCAUUAAAGGUUUCAUUGGUCAGUAUUGCUCAAGAUGUGAUGAAGGAGUUUAAUAAGGAGAGUGCGAUUGUUAAUGUUUUGGUAAAAGAUUAUGCUGGGCAAAAAAAGUAUAAUUUUACCAUUAAGGUUGUGUUUCCACACCAAAAUAGUAGAUUUAAGCAUUUAAAAAGUUCUAUUUGGCCAAAUGAGUCUGUUUUCUUUAUGGGUCAAUUGGAAGUUUUUAAGGGUAAUUUAUAUGCAAAUAAUUUUAAUAUUUUUUAUGUUGAUGUUCCUUUUGUGACUAAAAGAAAAGUAUCAGAUUCUAUUAGUUCUGAGUCUACUUCAGGGUGUUAUAGUUCUUUCAGAUUGUCCAAGUCUUCAGCUGAUCCAAUUAUUGGUGAUAAUAAUUUUUUAAAGCACGAAAGAGUGGAAGAUAAAGCAGAUAGUAGUAUUGAGUAUGUUGGUUCUUCUGUUAGCGGUUGCUCAAAACAUGUUAGAGUUAAUGACGAAGCAGAUAAUUAUGUGGAGUAUGUUGAUUCAGAUUGUAGUAAAAAUAAACAUACAUUCGAACAUAAUAAUGAACGUGUUAGAGGUAGUAGUGAAUGUGGUGGAAAUAUUAUCUUUGAAGAUAAGGAAGAGAUUAAUUACAGUAAAAAAACAAAUAAGGGUAAAGGAAAAGAGAUUUAG